UCUUUUUUUUUUCUCUUCAUUCUUUACAUUCCACCACUACUAUUUAUCUUUCCCAUUUUCACAUUCUCUUUUAUGUUUGCUCUCUCUCUCUCUCUCUUGUUCUCUUUGCUCCAUUUUUUCUUGAUACAGUUAGGUAGGUCUGCUCACCUUCUUUUUGUCAGGAUUCCCUGUGCCACUAAAUUCCUUCAUGUCCAAAUUCCAAAAAUAUUGAAACACAAAAUCUUGUAGUAAAAAAAAAAAUAUUCACUUUCAAACCCCAUAAAAACCCCUAACAACUUCACAAAUUUUCCUAACUUCCUCAACUUCUCUCUGUCUUUUUUUUUUUGUGUGUGUGUACUUACAAAUUUGAAACAAAAUGAGAACCAGCAUGGCUAAGAAUCAUCAUGAGUCUUUUUCAUUUUCAAGAAGGUACUUUAACUUCAAGAAAAAAGUUGAAGAUGAAGAAUAUGAUGAUGAAGAUUACUUGACUAACUUCCACUCUUCUUCACUCAGAGGGAGUGAAGAAGAGUAUUUUGGGAUGCAUGCACUGUCGACUGAGACAGGGGCAGCGCAUGCCUCUAGAAGCAAGAAACUGUCUAGGUCGACGGUUUCUAUGCUUCGUUCCGCUCUUACUUUUGGUAAGAGCCGAACACAAAUAGGGUUAGGGAGUAAAGUUGUUGGUACAUUAUUUGGUUAUAGAAGGGGACAUGUUCAUUUUGUAUUUCAAGAAGAGCCAAAAUUGGGGCCAGCAUUUUUUGUAGAAAUAGCCACUCCUACAAGUCAUUUGGUAAGAGAAAUGGCUUCUGGAUUGGUUAGAAUUGCAUUGGAAUCAGAUAAGAGGACAGGGAAAAAAAGUGUGAAGUUACUAGAAGAGCCACUUUGGAGGACAUAUUGUAAUGGUAGGAAAUGUGGCUAUGCAAUGAAAAGAGAAUGUGGGCCUGAUGAAUGGAAGAUUUUGAAUUCAAUUGGGCCUGUAUCAAUGGGGGCUGGUGUUUUACCAAGCGAUGGUGAUGGAAUUGGCUCAGAUGGUGAAUUAAUGUAUAUGAGGGCUAAAUUUGAAAGAGUUGUUGGAUCAAAAGAUUCUGAGGCUUUUUACAUGAUGAAUCCUGAUAGUCAUGGUGGUCCUGAACUUAGCCUUUAUUUGCUUAGGGUUUAAACCGUGGUGUUCAGAUCAAUUUGUGUAUCGCGUAUACGCCCACCAACUUAUGUAUCUCGACUAUUUUACUGAGUACCUAGCAUAGCCUUUAUUUGCUCAAGGUUUAAACGGUGGUGUUCAGAUCAGCUUGUGUAUCUCGAUUGGUAUAUCGUGUAUAUGCCCAUCGACUUAUGUGUAUCGACUAUUUCACUGAGUACCUGCUACGCUCUAGUUGAAAUAUUAUGUAUUAAUAGUAUAUGAUAAUAACAUCUUAUGAAAGACAUAAGAGGUUAGUUUUUGUAUUUUGUAUGAUGAGUUUGGAAGGGCUUAAAUGGGUAUAAUUAUGUAUUUUUGGUUUGUUUAAUUAUGUCAUGUGAACUAUAUAUGUAUAGAUUGUGUUUUCUAGUUUUGUUGAAGUGGAAGAUAAUGAAGUAAACUUUUAUA